AAUUCUGUGACGUCGAUUAAAUUCCACACAUCCGUUUUUCUUGUUGCUGGGCAGGUAAACAAAUGUUACACCGGUUCAAGCAUAUUUUCUUACCAUGUCGUAAAGCAGACACAUGCUCAUGAACGAUGUUUCGGAUUUGAAUGACAGAACACCUGUUCAACAUUCUGAAUGAACAAAAUUAUGUUUGCUGAUUGAAUAGAAGAGGAGAAGAUGUCAGACUAUGAAUACAGUGAUUCCUUCAUCAGUGAUGAUGAUGAUGCUCCAAGAGCAACCAAAAGUACGGGUGGAAGGAACUUCCGAAAAUACAAACCAGAUUCCAAGACCCAAACAAUUACUGAUGUCUACACUCCGAGAAAGAGAGUUGGUGGACAGAGAGGAGGUAGAGGACGUGGCAGAAAUAUGACAGGCCGGACGUCAGUGGCCAAUUCUGAGCCCAAGAUGGAUGGUGUUGUGCAACGAAUGCUGUCUGCAAAAAACUUAAAACUGAAUGAACUCAGAAACCAAAUUGAUGAAAUGCAGACAGCAUUCAGGGACCUUAAAGAGGAGAAUAAACUCCUCAAAAAGAUGCAGCACCGACAAGAGAAGGCCCUCGUCAAGUAUGAGGACACAGAGGGAGACCUUCCUCAGAUCAUUGCCAGACACCAGAACGAGGUACGAUCACUGAAGGAGAAUUUACGUAAGACUCGAGAGAAGUACGAAAGGACAGAUCGAUACCUCAGGGAUGCAGAAGACGAGCUGGAUAAAGCGAAGAGUAAAUUAAAGCGAUACAAGUCGCUGGCGGACCAGAAUAACCUCAAGGAGAGGAACGAUUUACAGAAGGAGAAUCAGAAACUACAAAUCGACAUGGAGGAGAAAGAAAUCAGGAUAAAGGACCUAGAGAAACAUGUUGUGAAUCUGAACAAAAAUCACCGGCACGAGAUGGGGAUUGAAAUGGCGAGGAACCGAGACACACAGAAACAGAUCGACCACUUACGGGAACAGAACGACCAACUAGAAAGACUACUCAAGGAAAAAGAUAAAGAAAUUCAAAUCAAGAACAUUUAUGCCAACCGAGCGCGAGCUCCGCACCGGCUCCCAGCAUCCUAUGGGGGAACCCCCCACGACACCCCCCCUCCCAAGGCAAGAAAACGGGCUCCUUCACUGCAGGAUCUGACUCCCAGGGAUAAGGUCAAACUUUAUGAGGAAAAGAGAAGGGAAGAGGAACGAAAGCAGAGAGAGUUAAAGAAGGGGAGAGGUGAUGGACCUAGGAUGGCAUUUAACGAUAACUUUGAAAAUAGCAGUCGUGAUUCUCGUAACUACAAUACUUACAAUAGUUAUGAUAGUCCUGAAAAGAGCUCGCAGAACAAGGGCUAUUCUGCCACAACACAACAAUAUGCCCCUGCACCCACAUGGAGGCGCCCCGCCCCCGGGGAACAUGAGUAUGAAUCAGCCAAGGAAAACAAACCCCCCCUACCCAGUACGGGUAGAAAGGCAUUUGCUUUCAAUUUCCCUGGUAGCAAAGCUCGACCAGAGAGGGAUUUAGAAGAAUUUCAAGCAUUUAUUGAAAAAGAGCAACAAGAGAAGACUCGGAGAGAAAGGGAAGACAAAGAACGAGAUGAGAUGGAAAGGAGGUUAAAUCAGGAGCGAGAAGAGAAAGAACGCAGAGAAUGGGAAAGACGGGACAGAGAAAGACGAGAGCGCGAGGAAAGAGAACGUCAGGAGGAAGAGAGGAGAAAACGUGAGGAGGAUGACUGGAAACUAGCGCUGGAGAAGGAGAGGCUAAAACACGAUCAAGAUGAGAGGGAUCGUGAGAUGAAACGAAAAGACGAGCAACAGAGACGUGAACGACAGGAACAGGAGAGACGGGAGCGUGAGCGGCAGGAACAGGAACGCAGGGCUCGGGAAGAGAGGGAGCGCAUGGAAAUGGACGAAAAACUGAACGAAGAACGCAAGAAAAAGGAUGAUCUUCUGGCCAAGUUAAAAGAUAUUGAUGAAGGGAGAAAUAAGAGCAAGGCACCAGAGAAAAAGGAGACAGAUACAUUCUUUGUUACUUCAGGAAAUGUAGAUAGUUUGGACAAGAAAACAGAAAAAAAUAAGAAAAAGGAGAAAGAGACUGAUACCUUCUUGUUUUCUUCCACCCGGAAAGACAGUGAUGUAGGGUUAGGGUCUGCUUCUAGCAAAAGUAGCUACACUUUUACUAAACCAAUUGAAAAUAUGCAUUCAGGGAAACCUGCUAGAAAUGAUGUGACUGUUCCUUAUAUUGAGAAGAAGAAAAAGCAGAAAUCACAGGAAGACGAGGAUGAAUUUGGUGGAUAUCAGCCAUCAUUCUCCAGCAACAAAACAACAUCGAAGACAGCAAAGAAAACAGGAGGAAUUGUGUUCAAUGAUGACUUUCAGUCAUCAAAACCUCCGAGAAAGACAGGGAAAAAGAAUGAUUUGAUGGCAGAUCUGUUUGGCAAGCAAGCAAAAACUACUAGUCAAACUAUAGAUGAUGACGACAUCUUUAAGCCAUCUAAUACAAAGAAAACGACCACUGUGAAUUCAUCUAAUAAGAGUUCCUUUCCUUGGGAUGACGAAUCUAAAACUACAGCAAAAAAACCUACCACAAAACGUGAAAAUUCCACAAGCGCUUUGUUUGGGGGUGGAAAUGCUCUAGUUGAAGAUGACUUUUCGACAAAAGACUCCUCUAAAAUGUUACCAAGGCGACAGCGGCAAACGACCACCACAUUUCAAGCACGACCAGCAGUGACUGCAGUAGAUCAUUACGAUGAUGAUAUUGAAGAGUUUUCUGCAUGUAGGAUAUUUCCCGCAAAAUUGAUCAUGGAAACGGGUUCCUCGGUUUCAAAGGGGGCCUUUGCAUUUAAAGGCAAAAAGAGAGCUGUAGAUUCAGACCAGUAUAUUAGGAGACUAGAUGUCUUGGGGACGUACAAACAGCGAUUAAAUGUUCUACAGGAGAGCUGGGAACUUGUGGACGCUCAGAUCCAGAUUUUAAGGUCAGAUUUGAAUUCAAAGAUUUUUGAUGAUCUGAUGAAGUUUGCCAAAUCGUCACAUGAGAACUUUAUGUCAAAUGGAACCGACUGCACAUCAAAGGAGAUCCCUACUGCAGCCUUGGUAACAGGAGUAAAUACACCAGACCAUGGCGUCAUGUUCUCAACAUUGGUGACAUCAUUGCAAGAAAAUGUCAGCCCCCUGGUGGCCAUUCUCAAAUCUAAGGACUGCAAUUCUGUUAAAAAUGCAUUGAGCAAAACCUUGGCACAACUUUUCCAGAAUCCACUUCUAGUUUAUGAUGAAGAAGAAACUGUUACUCGCAGUACAAGAAAAACAUGUUCUCUGACAGCGCUGGUAUUGUGGUACAAGGACCGGUACUCCACAAGUAACUCCAGUCCAAAGAAGAGAAAAUCUUUGAGUGAUGGAUCCAAAGAUUUAGGGCAGUACCCACCCAUUGUUGUUCUGUUUGAAGAUUUAGAGAGUUUCCUUCCACAUGUUCUUCAAGAUUUCAUUUCUAUAUGCAGGAACUAUAUAUGUGACCUUCCGCUGGUGUUUGUGUUUGGAAUCGCAACCUCUGUAUCUGCUGUUCAUCGACUGUUGUCCAACAAUGUGUCAUCCAUGUUGUGUAUGGAGAAGUUCCAGGCACCACCCUCAACAGAGUAUCUCAACAUGGUCAUCAAUAAGAUACUGAUGGCCUCUUGGUGCCCAUUUAAAUUAGGACCCAAAGUCUUUCAGCUCCUUCUAGACAUGUGUUUAUUCCAUGACUUUUCUGUACUCAAUUUCAUCAAUGGACUUCAGUUUGCUAUGCUGGACCACUUUUCUACUGUCCCAGUCAGCCAUCUUUGUUGCCCUAGCGAGGAUUUAGAGGAGCGUGUAAUGAGUCUGCAACCAAAGGAAGUGGAACAAGUCCGGCGACUCAUGUCUUUCAGGAGUUUUGUCGAGGGAUGCCCUUUGUCUAAACAAGAAGACAUGCUGUUAGAUGACAAAGUCACAAAGUCUGAGUUUGUGGUUUUACUAGGAAGGAUACACAGGUACCACUCCUUGCUCUACCCAGUUCUCAAAUGUCUCCACAUCAUGGUGUCCAAAAUUCCUAAAUACCCACUUGGGAAACAGGUUCGUGAAGUGUACUCGAGAGUGCUGAAGUCGUUUGUCUGUGAUACAGAGGAUUAUAAAGAAUGUGUGGAGCUGCUCAGGAUGACAUCUAAGGAUGAGUUGAUGGACUUAAUACAGCAGUGUCGAUUGUCACUGAGUGGGGACCUGCCCUCUGAUCUCAGUCAGCUUCCAGCUGAUCUGGAUGCCAUAAUAGAAAGAUUUUGCAAGAUUGAUGAUAUCACAGUGGAGGAAACUCUUGAUGGAAUCACAGAGGAAACUUUCCAUCUAGAAAAGACCGACCUUCACACUCUUCGCAAGAGAUUACAAGAAGAAGGCAAAAAGAAAAAGAAAUUGACUCCAUACGAAAAGCUGAGAAACGGAAGCAUAGAUUUUUUUGAUGAUCUAUUCAGGCAGUACCUGGUGUGCCCUUCCUCGCUGCCGCUGUACGAGAUAUAUUACUACGAUUCCUGGGGGGAAAUCAAACGACACUUUAACGCCUCCCCACGCUCAGUCAUUCAGCUGGCACUUAGUUCUCCUCAUCACUAUCUACAGUGUAAAUGUUGCAUGUCUGAGCCAGGUUCCAUAACUCCAGCCAUGCCUGAUAUCUGUAUAGCAUACAAACUUCACCUUGAGUGUACACAGCUCAUCAACUUGUACGACUGGCUCCAGGCAUUUGUGACUGUGGUGACAUCUGAAGAAGAAUCGAGUGAAGAAAAAAUCAAGAACCCCGACAAAGAACUACAAGCCCGCUUUAUUAGAGCAGUGUCAGAGCUUCAGUUUCUGGGAUUUGUGAAGCCAACAAAGAGGAAAACGGACCAUGUGGCACGACUCACAUGGGGAGGAUGCUGAGUAAAUAGAAUGGCAGAUUGACUAGUGUAACUUGCAUGGGGAGGAUACUGAGUAAAUUGAAUGGCAGAGUGACUAGUGUGAUUUGCGGGGAGGAUGCAUAAUAGUGUGGUGAAUGGACUAAUGUGACUCGCAUGAAGAAGAUGCUGAUUAGUGUGGUUCAUGCGACACAGGGGGAGAAUGCUGCAUGAAUAUAGCGGUUUGACUAGACUGACUUGUGAACUGAAUGAAGAGAGCGAUUGUGUUGUGAUUGGCUGGAUGCUGAAGUGGGAAAAAGUCUCAACAGUGAAAUGUUAUGUUUGAAUUUGGUAUACUACACUGAUGAAAAAAUUUGUGUGCUACAGGUUCAUGUAUUCAUUAAUAAAAAGAGAUCAAUUAUUAAA